CACUUUUUGCACUUUUUGGCGACGGCUGUUACCAAUUUUCUUCUCCGGCUCUGCCCUCUCCGGCGGUCGGUUAUUACGAAUACCGAGUAUAACAUGUCAUACCCCGCUUUGCGUCUUUCAUGAUAAUAAGGCUAAUAAGGGAUGAUACCUGUGACUACGACCUUUCUGUUUCCACACCAUGCGAGGGGUGCUAGUCAGUGAACUCGCCCAUCCGUCAAAGAUUCCGCUCUCUGUUGAUGUACCAGAGCCAACGCUCAAGGAGAACGAGGUACUUGUUGAUGUGUACAGUGCUGGCCUCAAUUUUUUCGAUAUCUUGCAAAUGCAAGGAAAGUACCAACGGAAGCCCCCACUGCCGUUCGUGGCUGGUGCUGAGUUUGCUGGGAGAAUUGCCAAGAACUCGCCGAUUCCAAAGGGAUGUCCAUAUAGACCUGGUGAUCGUGUUUUUGGUGCUACACAAGGCGCUUUUGCAGAUAAGGCGCCUGUAUCUUGGAAGGACAUCUUACCUCUGCCGGAUGCGCUAUCCUACGAACAGGGUGCAGGUCUCUAUGUUACGUGGCCUACUAGCUACGAGGCACUGGUAGGCAGAGCACAGUUAAAAGCUGGUGAAUGGGUUCUCGUCACUGCGGCCGCAGGGGGUGUAGGAAUCGUUGCCGUACAGCUUGCGAAAGUCCUCGGUGCCAAAGUCAUCGCUGCAGCCGGUUCUCAAGAAAAGCUCGACAUUGUAAAACAGUACGGUGGAGCUGAUUACACCGUUAACUAUACCAAUCCGGACUGGCCCAAGGAAGUCCUCAAGAUAACAAACGGGCAUGGCGUUGAUGUCAUUUAUGAUCCAGUCGGACUUAUCAAAGACUCUUUGAAAUGCAUAGCAUGGAAAGGGAGAGCAUUAGUUAUUGGUUUCGCUGCCGGCACCAUUGAAAAGAUUCCUAUGAAUCUUGUCCUUCUAAAGAACGUAUCCAUCGUGGGAACACAUUGGGGUGCCUACACAACACAAGAGCCGAGCCACAUUCCUACCGUUUGGAAGGCCGUUCUCGAUUUACUCGCUUCUGGUCGCGUCAGCCCCGUCAAUUACACCGAAGUAUACACGCUAGAAACCAUCCGAGAUGGCCUUGCUGCGCUGGAGAACAGGAAGACGUGGGGAAAGGCAAUCGUUAGGGUCAAAGAUGAAACGGAAAAGGCGAAGUUAUGAGCCUUUUUGGCUAUUGGCCGUCGUCAGAUAAUUGUGCAGAUGUAUGCUCACUUCCAUGUGCACCUAUCACAUCCUCUCGGACGACUUAGUCCUGGUUCACCAUAACAAAAUAGUUUGUGAAUAAUAUAGUAAUGCUACCAAUUGAUUUCUAGGGUAAGA